GCGUUUUCCCAUUCCUGCAACGGGACAUCAGGGCGACGUGUACGAAGAGUACGAGACACUGGACGUUUUGUCAAGUUAAAGUUAUAUGACUGUGAUUUAAUAACGAUGGUCAUCUGAUGAUCUUAAGCAGAGCUGAGCUACAGUCAGGGAAGGACUUUUAAUUAUCGUCACUUCCGCUUUCAUUGAGUUGGAGACGAUCUGACGUGAUAAUUUAUAACAUGAUCCACAACAAGGAGGCUGAAUCUGAAACUCGGUUUUACGGUUUUAUUAGAGCAGUCUCUGUAGGACUGACUCACAUAAUCUCCAUAGCCUUUCCUGUUUUUAUUGCAUUUCUCUCCCUACCUGGAACAAGUGUGUUUUCAUGGCAUCCUUUCCUGAUGACAGUAGCUUUUGGCUUCUUUAUGACGGAAGCCAUCCUGCUCUUUUCGCCCUACGGCUCCUUCAUCAAGAGGUUUCCACACAAGACCAAAGGCCGUGUUCACUGGAUCCUGCAGAGCCUCUGUGGCUCCUGUGCCGUUCUGGGCCUGGCUGCCGUCUACUACAACAAAAAUCUGAACGUCCUUGGCAGCCAUGCCUCUCAUUUACCACUCUCUGGCCAAAGACUGGUCCCUCGCCAAGCUGAAGCGCUACCACGCCGCGUCAGGACUCGUCACCUUCCUGCUGGGCUGCACCAGCCUGCUGCUCGGGCUCUGCUCCUCCUGGUUCACGGCGUCAGUAGGGGGGUACGCCUGGUACCUGGCAGCAAUCUGCCCCGCUCUCAGCGCUCUGAUCAUUAUGAAUCAGGUCUCCAGUGCUUACGUUGCUAAAAAGCGGCUGCAGUCCUGACGGAGGCGCGUUGGAUGAACAGAGCUAAGCUCACUGUACUCCUUUAAAGACUGAAAUAUUACUUCUCAGUUCACAAACUUUCCUGCCUUUUUUGAUUUUUGAUGCAAUUUUUUGUUGGUGAUCUUUCCAUGCUUGAAUGAAUAAAAAGUCAAAAUAUGAAGAAGAGAAACAAGAGUCCUUUUUAUACUUGCAUACUAGUACAUGCUCUUAUAAAGCAACAUGCAUUUUUUUUUAGCGUUAUGCACUGCGAGUAUGCUCUGCAAGCAGAACAAAUAAUUCAAAUAAAAAAUGAAAAAACAGAAAUAUAUACAUCAUUUUCAAGUACAAAAAUACAAUUUUGGUGGUCAAAGUGGAAAAAAAUAAAAACAUUUGUAAUAACUGCAAGUAUUUCUGUAACUGAUUAUUGCUGAAUCUACUUGGGAAUUGGUGAGAUAGUUAUUUAAAGGUGGAAUACUGACUAAUCUGAUCUCACACAAAUAUACUUCACUUUUUUGCUUUGUUUAUUUUUCUUGCACAUUCUAGCA